AGUAAAGAUACCUGAACGUAAAUGUCUGAGUAAAGAUGCCUGAACGUGAAUAUUUUUCUAUCUAUCUUUUUCUUUCAUUCUCUAUCAUGUUUUAACCUAAGGGACACGGUUGCGUGAGAACAUUCCACCUUCUGGCAGUUUGAAGCAAUCUCGACCAAUUGUAAUAUUGUAGAAAAUGCUGCUAGCUACAAGGAAUGUUUUUUCUGUCUAUCUUUUCUUUCAUUCUUUAACAGGUGGUUAAUCCUGAGGAACUCUACUGCGUGAGAAAACACUGCCCCCUGUCAGUUUGAAGCAAUUUCGACCAAUCGCAAUAUCGUAAAAUACUGCUGACUACAAGGAAUGUAACUUCGACAAUUUCAUUUUCUGACCAGAUCGAUCGCCGCUCAACAUGAACACGAACUGUAGGUUGAUUAACGGACGUGCUGUGUGCCCGCCAGUGCAAUUUAUCACUCCCAGAAUGUGGGACCAAGAGUCCGAUGAAUCUCUAGACAUUAGUAUAACCGCAUUGGUUCUGGCCCUCCUCCUCCUGCUCGGGUGGAUAGCCAAGAGGAUGAUGAGACACUGCGCCCGAGUGAGGAGGAGGAGCAGAGGUUUAGAAACUGUUCCAAAGGAACGUUUUGAAAUGGAACCCCGGCAAGGGCUCAACCCCCAAAGACCAUCUGCACCACCCCCGCCACCCCAAGCUAGGUCGCUACCAGAGCCACCCCCGCGGGCGCCUCCAGCCCGGUCUCUGGCACACCCACCACCGCGGGCGCAUGCGGGGGGGGGGGGGAGAUAUAAUCUCCGCUCAGCAAAGAGACCUAGGACAGAGUAG